CCAGUUGUCUCCUCUUCCCCUCCUCCAGCUGAUCCAGUUGUCUCCUCGUCCCCUCCUCCAGCUGAUCCAGUUGUCUCCUCUUCCCCUCCUCCAGCUGAUCCAGUUGUCUCCUCUUCUCCUGAAUGACCCCUAAGGAUGGACAAGGACAGGAAUGAGACGACUAAGAGAAUAUUACACUUCACCUUGGAGAUCCUCCACCUGCUGACCGGAGAGGAUUACACCAUAGUGAAGAAGACAUGGGGGGAGUGUGUGGCCCCCAGCAGCCAUCUCCAUGAGUCAGGAGGACGGAGCAGGGCCCGGGGCCCCAUCACGGAGCCUCCACCUCACUCACUGAUACAUGAGGAGAAGAUCCUAGAACUCACCCACAGGAUCACUGAGCUGCUGACUAGAGAGGUUCCUAUAAGGUGUCAGGAUGUGGCGGUCUAUUUCUCCAUGGAGGAGUGGGAGUAUGUAGAAGGACACAAGGAUCUGUACCAGGACAUAGUCAUGAUGGAGGAUCACCGGCCCCUCACAUCACAAGCUGGAGUCAUUGAUAGAAAUCCACCCGAGAGGUGUCCCCGCCCUCUGUAUUCCCAGGACUGUCCAGAGGGAAAUGUCCCAGAGAAGCAUCAGGGGGGAGAUCUGACUAAUAAUAAAGUGGAGGAUGAAGAAGAGAGGAUGAGCGGCCAUCACCCGUGUAUGAGGGAAGUGAAGGAGGAAAUUCCAGGAGGUGUUACCCCAGGAAAUCCCAGGAGGAAGGAAACAUCAGAGAUCAUGGAGCGCUGCUCAGGAGAAGAUGGAGAGAUCAUGGAGCGCUGCUCAGGAGAAGAUGGAGAGAUCAUGGAGCGCUCCUCAGGAGAAGAUGGAGAGAUCGUGGAGCGCUCCUCAGGAGAAGAUGGAGAGAUCAUGGAGCGUUCCUCAGGAGAAGAUGGAGAGAUCGUGGAGCGCUCCUCAGGAGAAGAUGGAGAGAUCGUGGAGCGCUCCUCAGGAGAAGAUGGAGAGAUCAUGGAGCGCUCCUCAGGAGAAAACCUCCUUACCCCUAAUGUCCAUUCAGAUCUAUCAUAUAAUAAUCCCCCUGACCAACUACACAUUGUUACCACAAGGGCAGAGAAUAGAGAAGGGAAAAGGAUCCAAUGUGAUGAAUGCGAGAAAUGGUUUACAAAUAGAUCAGAUUUUUUUAAGCACCGAAGAAUUCACACAGGAGAGAAGCCUUAUUCAUGUUCAGAAUGUGGGAAAUGUUUCCGAACGAGUUCAAAUCUUGUUAUACAUGAGAGAAUUCACACGGGUGAGAAGCCGUAUUCUUGUUCAGGAUGUGAAAAAUGCUUUAGAAAGAAAUCAAAUCUGGUUACACAUGAAAGAACUCACACAGGAGAGAAGCCGUAUUCCUGUUCAGAAUGUCAGAAAUGCUUUACCAGCAAGUCUAACUGUGCUAAUCAUGAGAGAACUCACACAGAAAAUAAGCCAUUUUCAUGUUCAGAGUGUGGGAAAUGUUUCUCACGUAAAUCAAAUCUUCUUAUACAUCAGCGAAGGCACACAGGAGAGGAGCCUUUUUCCUGUUCAGAAUGUGGGAAAUGCUUUCUAUGUAAAUCGUAUCUUGUUAGACAUGUGAAAACUCACUCGGGAGAGAAGCCAUAUUUAUGUUCAGAAUGUGGGAAAUGCUUUACAUAUAAAUUUGAGCUUCUUAAACAUCAGAGAAGCCACACAGGAGAGACGCCAUAUUCAUGUUCAGAAUGUGGGAAAUGUUUUAGAAAAAAAUCAAAUCUUGUCAUGCAUGAGAGAAUUCAUACAGGAGAGAAGCCAUAUUCAUGCUCAGUAUGUGGUCAGUGUUAUUCAAGGAAAUCAGAGCUCGAUACACAUGAGAGAAGUCACACAGGAGUGAAGCGGUUUUCUUGUUUUGAAUGUGGGAAAUGUUUCUCACGUAAAUCACAUCUUGAUGUACAUAUGCGAGGUCACACGGGAGAGAAGCCAUUUUCAUGUACAGAAUGUGGGAAAUGUUUUAUAGAUAAGUCGAAUCUUCUUAUACAUAAGAGAAGUCACACAGGAGAGAAGCCGUAUUCAUGUUCAGAAUGUGGAAAAUGUUUCUCAAGUAAAUCAUAUCUUGGUUCACAUGUGCGAGGUCACACAGGAGAGAAGCCAUUUUCAUGUUCUGAGUGUGGGAAAUGUUUUAUAGAUAAAUCGAAUCUUCUUGUACAUAAGAGAGUUCACACAGGAGAGAAGCCGUUUUCUUGUGCAGAAUGUGGGAAAUGUUUCUCACGUAAAUCAAAUCUUGAUACACAUAUACGAGGUCACACAGGAGAGAAGCCAUUUUCAUGUGCAGAGUGUGGGAAAUGUUUUAUAGAUAAAUCGAAUCUUGUUAUACAUAAGAGAAGUCACACAGGAGAGAAGCCGUAUUCAUGUUCAGAAUGUGGGAAAUGUUUCUCACGUAAAUCAUAUUUUGAUACACAUGUGCGAGGUCACACAGGAGAGAACAUAUGAUUUGAUUGAUAAUCUGUUUUGCCUUAGUCUCCUCAGCAGCACAAUAUGGGGUGUCUCACAAAAGUGAAUAGAACUAGAAAUCCAUCUAGAUAUAGUAGUUUAGAGGCUUUCUUGCCUCAGCGAGGACCUUGAAUGGCUAAAGUCCGUUCAAGGUAAGUCCUGAAGCAACAAACUACCUCUAAGUUCUUGAGUACUUGGUCCUCAUCCUCUGGAAGAUCAGGUAAAGCAGUAACCUGAUUAGUGUUUAGGAAGGACGGACACUUAGGUAAGUAGGGAUUAAUCUCAAUAGGACCUUGUCCUCGACAAAGAUUGUGUAAGGUUCUCUUCAGGAAAGAGUCGGCAACUCCCCUACUCUCUUAGCCGAGGUGAUGGCUACUAAAAAGGCUAUCCUCAAACAGAUCAAUUUCUUGAAUGGGUUCAAAAGGAUGAACAGAUAAUAAUUGAUCUUUUUCCACACAAUAUAUAAAAAUAAAGGUGAUUAAGUUAAAUAAAAUAAAGGUGAUUAAGUUAAAUAAAAUAAAGGUGAUUAAGUUAAAUAAAAUAAAAGGCGCUUG